CUUGGAGAAGGAUUACUUGCACUUGGUCAGCUGACGAGUCGUCAGACAAUUGGGAAGCAUGAAGACGCUGCAGCACAAAGGAUCUCGUUCCAGGACUGAGAUCUCUGAAUAUACCGAGAAGGAGAAGGAGGCGAUGGCUGAGACUGAGCUGCGGAAGCUCCAGCAGCAGUUUCGGAUCAUGGUGGAAGGCAGGAAGUCUUUUGGGGUGAAGACUCAACAGCAGCUGUACCAUCAAGCAAAACAGAUCCACUCCCUCAAACAAGAAAACAAGGAGAUAAAUUUACUCCUGACUCUCUGCAAGUCGCCCCGGAACAUUUUCAUGGAUGAUCACAACUGCAUGGAGCUGAAGUUUCUUCUGCAGACGAAAGAUGAGUACGAUGCUCUCAUUAGAGCCACCAAAGCCUUGAUUGCCGAACUGGAUGACAAGAUAGCUGAGAUGGGGGAAAAGAUUCAGAAGCAGAAAGUGGUGGUCAUCAAGCUGAGGCAACAGUUUGACGGCCGGUGGCUCCAGAGACAGAUCAACUUGCUGGAGAACCGUCUCUAUCACCCAGUGCUAGACUUAGAGGGGCCAGUGCAGAGAUCUCCAACCUGCUGGGCAAAGCAAAAAAAACUGUUUUCGGCGGUUUCUCCAUAUCUCCCUGCCCACAAGAAACUGGAGCAGCAGAAGAAGACAAUGGAUGUGUCUAUUGAGCAGUCCACCGCUGCCUAUGAGCAGAGGGUAGAAGCCCUUGCGAGGAUUUCCGCCAUGAAGGAAAGGCGUUGCAAAGACAUUGCACAGUUCAACAUAGAGUACCGGGAGCUGGAGCGGAUCUACAACCAUGAGACUAAACUGAAGGCAUUUAUGUUAAUCAAAUUAGUGGAUCGCUCAGAAUUUGAAGAGCAGGCCAAGAAGGAAGAAGCCAUCAAGGCCAAGAAGCGGGCCAAGUCCAAAGGCGAGAGCUUCGAGAGCUACGAGGUGGCCUACAUGCGCUUGCUGAAGCUGACGGAGAAUGGCGACAUUGACCGGCUGGUGGAGGAAUUCAUUGAGAAGGAGGAGAAGAAUUUUGCCUACUUCAGCUACGUCACGGAGCUGAACAACGAUAUGGAGAGACUGCAGAAGCGGAUCGAGGACAUCGAGAAUGAAAUCUCUCAGCUGAAAUCCCAACAAAAGAAGGAGGAUGACGUCCUUCAUGACUCCAUGAAGGAGGUGGAGGACAAGUUGCAGAAAACCGUGGAAGAUGCCAACGUGUACGAAUACAAGUUGAAGGAGACCAGCAAGAUCCUUGACCAUCUGAAAUCGGCCGUGGGCUUCCUGUUUAGGCAAACGGGCUGCGACGCAACCAAGAUCAAGGAGCACCUCGGCGAGACCGGGGAGAUCACGGACCAGAACCUGAUGCAGUAUUUCAGUGAGUUGCCCAGCAAGCUCGGGCAGGGCCGGUGUCGGCAUUCCCUGAAGUGCGGCAGGUGUCCGGGGCCCACUGCCACUGGGCUCUUGCUCAUGCGCCUGCCCUGCCACAUGCCAGUCUGCCUCCCAUCUGCUUGGGACUCCGCCACUCAUGCACAGCCCAGCAUCAGUGGCGAUGCAGGCGCUGAUCCAGAAGAGACUAUUCUGAACGCAUUCAAAGUUUUCGACCCGGAGAGCAAAGGCUUGAAGGCAAACUACCCCUUCAAAGUGAGCAUAUUUACCACGACAGAAGCUUCUCUGGGCAAGAACCGAAGUCAUCGUUCACAGGGGGUCAAAGACACAGAAGCAUUGGCUGCAAUUAAUCUUGCAGACUCCCUUUUGGUGGUUGCUGAGACCGACUCUCCCUCUGGAAUCUGCUCCCCCUUCCCAGAGCAUGAUAGCAGCACAACCAUCUCAGAGGCACAGGAGAACAAGCACGUCCUCAGCCCCACCAAUUAA